UUAUAACACUUUUUGGCGACGAGGUCGGGAUAUUUUCACCGCGUUGUGGAUUUGCGUGUUCGUGACGGGGCAGACAUGGAACAGCUUAUGCAAGCGCUCAUUGAACAACAAACACAGCUGACGGCUACUAUUCAGGCUCAACAAACACAGCUGACGGCAACGAUUCAGGCAUUGUCGUCGUCGCUUACUCAUCGUCUGUCUUCCUCUUCUCCGCCCCCAUUCCCUCCUUACGACGAGGCCGCUGAAGACUGGGAGGAUUAUGAGAAGCGUUUGCGGCAACACUUCUUGGCUUUCGGCGUUGUCGACGCUCCUAUGUGGGUGGUCAAGGCUCUUCGCGGCCGCCGGCUUUGUGAAAUCCGUACGGGCGACGGCACGGUUGUUCGCCAUUACGACCAGAUGCGCCCACGAGUGGUGGCCACGCCUGUGCCACCGCCCCAUCUUUCACCUCCACCAGCUCGAGACGCCAGUCCUGUCGCUGCUGCCGAUCUACCGUCCGUGUUGAUGCAGCCGCCGUCGCUGCCGCUUCCAAGUACUCCGGAACCGGCCCCAGUCGCGACGCCGCCUUCUCCGGGACCCAUCUCGCUGGAGCACACUCCCAGGUCAAUGACACCUAUGGAUGCUGCUCCGGAGUUUUCACCCAUCAUCUCAUCCAGGAGGCACGUUCCUCGCACGAGCUUCCGUCCUGGACAUUUUCGACCAUACUCCCGUGUCUCUGCGCGGGAUCUCCUCGGGGCCUCACAAGAGGCCAUGGAUGUCUCUGCGCUGUCCAUGUCUCCCAGGAAGUGAGUGUUUAUUUUUUCAAGGGGGGAAAAGUGUUGUGAUAGUGCCACGACAUUUAACAGUGCCGCCACGACAGUACGCACAAACGGCGAUAGAGGCGCUCCGCAAAUCAGAUGAGCACGGGAGCGCCACCUAGCUACGAACGGCACCGGCCGCAUGUCACGGCACAGCAGUCGAAUACGAGAGACUGAGUUGUAAUCAUGUGAUCAGCUAUUGUUUCUAAGAGAGAGUGUGAAAAUCCACGCAAUUAUUGUGA